AUGGUGGUUCCGGAGCGCAGCGCCGAUCCCACACGUUCUCUCUCGGCCCCAUAUAUCCCUUCCCCACUCCGCGGGCCACCGACUAGGCCCGACCCCACUGCGGAUCUCACCCCGAUCGCUCCGACCCACCUCGCGGCUGUUACCGGGAAGAGGCCCGGGAAAGCCCCGGAAGCGAAGCCGCGGGCCCGAGGGAGCGCCCCCGGGCGCCUGCCACGCCUCCCGACCCGGCGGCGCGGCCCGGGCCCGGCCCCGCACCUGAGGCGGCCCGCGUUCGGGGCUCGCCCCUCAUGGCCGACGCGGGCGCCCGGCCCGGCCCCGGCCUCCUCACAGGCCCCCACCCCGCCUCACCUCGAGCCUCCCAGGGACCGACGGCGGCACCCGCGCCUCGUCCCGCCCGCACGCUCGCCCGGCCCCGCGCUGCAGUGGAGACCGCGGCGGAGGCGGCCCGACCGUCACGUGCCUCGGAACCAAGAGGCCUGGACGUCCGCUGCCGCCGCUGCGCGAGCGACGCCGCCGCAGGACGCCCGGCCCCGCGCCCGCCCCUCGCUCCGGACUGGCCGCGGCGGGCGCCAAGUCCCGCCCCCAUGCACGAGAACCGGGAUCCGGUUGGCCAGCGUGGCCGUCGCUCUGGGCUCCUUCCCAGACGCCCCCUAG